AUGAUCAAGAAAUACCUUCCGUUAUUUCCCAAGCCUAGACAAAUUAGGAAAACAUACUUGGCCAUCCCAUUCAUUUUAAUCACAUUUAUACUUUUACAUUUCCUCAACACCUAUGACACUGUUAAACAAUGGUCUUCUCAAUUUAGAGGACCUAAAUUACCCAUUUCGCACUUUAGUACCAAACCAAUCACUAUACUACCAUCAGAUUAUAGUACAGCUUUACGGAUAGAUCAUAAUAUUACUGAAAACAAAAAUGAUAUUGUUCAAUACCAUGGUAGUUCUAGUGCAUUGAGUCUAAUUAUAACAAAUCAAACGUAUACACUGCAUCCUAUUAGCUUAUUUGCAUCUACGCCAGUGGCAUCUGUGUUUGAAGAGCAACAAGAACAACAGAAGGACACAAGUUGUUCCAACUUGCAGCUUGAUAAACAAGUUUCCAUUACUAAAAGUGUAGAGUUUAAACAUGAUUGGAAAUUAAUUGCUCAAACAAUAUUAAAGCAAAUCACCAAUGAGGAUAGCUUAAAAGAAUUGGCUGGGUUCUUCCAAGGUAAACUAAGCAAGUAUAUCGAAACUAAUCAAUUGAAUGAAAAGCAUUUUUACAAAUUUGCUGGUACUUCGGUAUGGUUGAAAAAAUACGGAGUUCAUUUAAUGGUUUCACGUUUAUUGUUUACUCAAACGGCAAGAAAAGCUGAUCCUCAAAUUUCCUUGCUUUAUGCUCAAAUUUACGAUGAAAACUGGCACGAAUUAACCAAUGUCGAUUUGGUUUUACCCAUUAUUGAUGAUGAUGGUGAACGUAAAUACGAAAGUGUUAAUUUCCCUCGAGCCAUGUCAAUUCCAUUUUAUCAUAAUUCGAAAAAGACAAAGAAAAGAUGGUACGGUCCUGAAGACACUCGAUUAUUGUUGAGUAAGAACGAGUAUGGGGACGAAGAGCCUAUUAUUGUAUUCAAUGCUUUCCAUAGACAAGUGCUUGAAACUGUUGAAGAUUCAAAUGGAGAAAAGCAACCGGCCAAAUAUGCUUUUUACCGACUGAUGUUUAUGGGAUAUUUGUGGAGAUACCAACGUGGGAAACAAAAUGUCGAUGCUGGACAAGAUAAUCGAGCAUCAAAGACAAGGUAUAACAAAGUUGUUGAAUUGAGAAUUGAAGGGCAACAACGUCAAAAAGUUGAAAAAAAUUGGACACCAUUUAUUAACCCGCUGGAAAGGAAAAGCAGUGUAGUCAAUGGUGGUGAUGAACAUAUGUAUAUUGUUUACCAAUGGGAUAAUUUGAAAAUCUUGCGGUGUGAAUUAGCCAACGCUGGCGACUAUUCAAAAUGUCAAGUUGAUUUUAAACAAAAUAACGAGGCAAGUAAAGUUGGACCAGUGAGAGGGGGUACAGAGUUAAUCCCUAUAAAGACCAAGUCCAAUUUAGACCAAGUUUGGAUUGGUUUCCUUCGGGCCCAUAUAGAUAAAUGUGGAUGUGGGAAAGCAAUGUAUAGACCCAAUUUCAUUGUUUUGGGAGAGAAGAAUGGCCAAUUUAAAUUAUCUCAUCUUUCGUCAUCGAUAUCAUUUAACAUGGCAGUAGAUGGAUGGAAGUAUGCUCAAGUACAAUGUGGAAGGAGAGACCCCAAUGUUUUGAUACCCAAUGGUAUCUCGAUGUAUGAACCAAAACAAGAUUACCUAAGUUUGAUAUUAUCGAUUGCUGAUAAAAAUGAUAAUUUAGUUCAUGUUAGUGGGAUCAAGAAAAUGGUUGAUGAACUUGGUUUAAAUUGGGGCGCUUCAGAGUCAGUUGCAGUCAAGAGUCCAUUGAUUUCUUGUGUUGUUGAUAAGAGUAUGGAGUUUUGUAAGGUGUAUGGAUUGGAACAGGAUAGAUUGGGUGUUAGUGAAGCAGCUAGGAAAAAAGCCAAGGAGGAGGAAGAAGCGAAGGCCAAAGCAGAAAACGAGAAACAAAAAGGAGAGGAUGCAAAAGAAGCGGUAGAGAAGCAGAAACAACCUGUGAAUGAAAAAGGCUCUUCAAACCAUCAAAAUACACAACCUCAACCCCAACCUCAACCUCAACCUCAACCUCAACCUCAAGAGCAGCAGAAACAGGAAACGCAACCAGAAACAAAGCAGCAAGAAGCACAACCGGAAGCUGAUAAACAACAAGAGGCAGGUGAAGCAAGUAAUAAGAAUGAGUCGCCACAACAACAAGAAGCACAACAAGCACAACCAGCACAACAAGAUGAGCAUCCGAAUGAAGAUCAAAAGGAUAGAACGAGUGAAUCAGAAAAUAAACCAGAACCAAAAAAAGUGACUUGA